AGCAACUCCACUCUGACAGCUCAUUCAUACUGAAGCGAUCGGAUACGCGGGUUACGCACCGAAUUGGCAACACGUUUAACUACGCAUGCCCCGGGGGGAAAUAUUAAUGUAACCAUUGUGUAAGUAGCAGACUAAAGGGAAAUUACUCGUUGACUCAUUUACGCACUAAAUGCGUUGACCACAAGUGCCUGGAGACCGAUGGCCGAAUGCCGCGCAUUGGGAAGCACAUGCACUUCGUUGCGCGCCGGACGAAACUUCCAUAAGAUCGGGCUGAUCGCGUAAUCCUAUGUGGGGGAAUGAGACGAGUUAGGCUGGAAAAGUUAGACUGAAUGAACAUGUCGACUACACAUGCCUCAACAUUCCCCAACAAAACCAACCAUUAUGGGGACGCAGACCCGGUUGAGGGUUACUGGAAGAUUCUCUUUGGUUUUUCCUUCGUGAUGGCAAGUGUCACAUUUACGGGAGGUUUGUACUCGCUUAUAUCGUUGCUCAGGAUGAGGAGUAAGUCUUCCUUAUGUCUUAUAGUGGCUUCACUGUCCAUAGACGACCUGAUCAGCGUAGUUCCGCUCACACUCUUUAUGAUUCUACAAUGGAGGAGCGGGGACGCAAACCGGUCGGGCACACUGUGCACCUUUGCCGGACUGCUUUAUGUUUUCCAAGGAUUGUCGAGCAAUAUAAAAGCCUGUCUCAUUGUUGUCUAUACUUUGUAUGUGACAAAGCGCUUUGGAGUUCAUCACACCCCCAACAGUCCUUUUGGAGUCUUCGUGGCCAUCAUCGCAAUAUGGACUGUCAGUCUGGUGAUCAGUGUCCUGCCGGUGUGCGGUUGGGGUCGCUUUGCGCCCGCGUCUCUCGGAUGUCUCCCGGAGAACGACAGCUUCUACGUGCUGCUUCUUUUCGCUCUUUACUCACUGUGUUUUUGCGGACUGAUAGUUUGUUCGGUUCCUCUCCUUUAUCAGCUCAUGUGCUCCACGGAGGCCCUGAAAACAUUUCACCCGAGUUAUUUGGAAAUUAUCGGGUCGGCACCGCUUUGCGAGAUCCCCUCGCUGUCGCGGGAUAGCUUGGAGAAAAGUUUGGGAGCUUACAAUGAAUUUAGCUCAAACACGGACAGUUUCAAGAACAAGACGGAUACUUAUAACCUGCCGUGUUCCCCGGGUCAUUUUCAGAGGGAUGCAGCACGGUAUCCCCCCGUGUUUUUCUCCCAGAAGCGCUUCUCGAUGAUUCUGGCAAUGGCUCGAAUAGUUUUGUGGAUGCCAAUGAUGACCCAGAUCUUGGUGAGUCACGUUGUUCACAUGCACAGCUCGUCCUUGGAGACUCUGUGCUUUUUCCUGACCUUGCUCUCCGCUGCGGUCACACCUGUAUUCGUGCUUUCGGAGCGCUGGAUUCAUCUACCUUGCGGAUGUUUCAUCAACUGCCGCCAGGGUUUGGGAUCCGAGCUCUCCACGGCAAAGAAAAGAAGGUUUGAAUUCAACCUCUCCUUCCAGCAAGGCUAUGGCAUUUACAAGAUCUCUCACGCCAAGUCCAUCGAGAGACCCUCGUUUAACAGUUUAUACAGCUGUGAUUUCUCUGAAAGUAGAGUGGCAGUGCUGGACAGCGGUCGGAUUGGUAAAUUCAGCACCACGCCGGCGGAGGACAGCUCCGUCCACAGCGAGCUGCUGAUCGAAGAGAGAGCGGCCACUCAGCCGCAAAGCUCCGCGGGACAGGGCAGCGUUUAUCCGCAGGUGUCCGCCUGCGAUCGCGAGGAUCUUAACCUCGACAACUCAUCCGUCUUCGACGGUCCGGAGAGGAGGCUGUCACACGAGGAGUGUCGCAAAAUUGAGCUUACGGAUUGGGAGUGGUGUAGGAGUAAAUCAGAGAGGAAUCCGAGACAGAGAUCCACAGCUGGGUUGGCCAUACCUAUAUGUGCUUUCCAGGGCACAGUAUCCCUCCAUGCCCCCACGGGCAAAACACUGUCCCUAUCCACCUAUGAAGUCAGCAGUGACGGUCUCAAGAUCUCCCCCAACAAUGCAAAGAAGGUCGAGGUGUACCGUUCCAAAUCAGUCGGUCACGAACCCAGCGCAGAAGAGCCCAACUCUGGAAAUGGGAGUGGAGGAGGUGUAGGCGUCGGAGUCGCAGAUACCAACGUAAAAAUCCACCUGGAGGUUCUGGAGAUUUGCGACAACGAAGAGGCAAUGGAUAGUGUCUCUAUUGUCUCCAACAUCAGCCAGUCAUCCACGCACGCUCGCUCACCCUCGCUGCGCUAUUCUCGCCGUGAGAACCGUUUUGUGUCAUGUGACUUGGGUGAAACGGCCUCAUACUCGCUGUUGAUCCCCAGCAGUAACCCGGAUGCGGACAACAUUAACAUCCACAUUCCAGACACGGUGGAAGCGCAUAGGCAGAACAGCAGGAGACAGCACCAGGAGGCCGGUGGAUACCAGGAGGAGAUACAAUUACUCAAUGAAGCCUAUAGACGGCAAGGAGGUGAACAGGGAAACUGAGACAAAUAGAUACAAGAGUUAACGCCAAUGGGCUGCCCUAGGGAAUGAAUCAUGGUAUGCUGCCAUUUGACAAUUUGGGUCAAAAGGGGUUAUAUAGCAAAAAGGUAUUGAUAGAUAAAAGCAUCCAGUCCCAAAGACUUACUUACUUUCAAAGCACAACUAUACACCAGUUAGCAAGAAGAAAUACAAAUACUUUCUGUUUAUGCUACUCAAUUGGCAAAGCAUUGUAAUAGCAGUGAUUCUCAGAUACGAAUGCACUGUACGUUGCAUCUGCCAAAAUGCAUAAAUGUAAAAAAACAAGACAAAUAUUGUUUAGCCAUGCUGUCUGCUUAAAUAAGCAGUUGCAGUGGUUACAAAUUGUCCUGAGGCGUGAUGUGAGCAUCCACAUCUUCAAGGUUACCAUGCAGCAGGGAAGGGCUUGAGAUUUAUAUGACAAAGUGCAGACAAAAUGUGCUCAGAGGUACAACAAAUCUUAGAAUCACAGAAGCAGGACAGAAAGUGAGUUUGCUCAGAUCCACCCUCAGUUUUAAGCCCCAGGGUAGAUAGAUCAGAGGGUUACGAUGACAGUGUCUUAAUGAGAAGUGAAGCUGGCAUGGUAUGAAGUAUUGGAGAACAUGCUGAAGUCCUUGAGUUGUUGAAGGUGACAUAUAGACUAAAAAUAAAGGUUAUUGAGGGAUAAGAAAUAGGACUGUGCUUUACUCAUCACUCUGUCAUUUAUUGAACACAAACGAAAGUGCAUCAAUAGAGAGGGCUGAUGAGGGAGUCGAACAGAGAAGGACAGUUAAUAUUGAGACAGACAAAGAAAGGACUUGCGAGGUCGAAUAAAAAAAACUAAAUUUUAGUAUUCUAGCUCAGGCAUAGACCAUAUCACAUAUUGAAAUAAAAGAUGUUUACAUUGUGAAUCAUGUUUUUGUAAAUGGCACACAUUUUGUUGCUUUUACCUUGCGUUUGUCUGAGUGUGUCUCAGUGUAAUACUGUUCGAAUAUGUGCUGAUAGCUGUCUGUAUGUCUGUAGGGUUGCUGCUGUGUGUAUUUGUACAUCUUUAUUGUUGUACUAAAGCCCUGCACAUGUCCUGCUUUAUCAUAAUCGUUAGUCUGAUUGCUGAGGGAGAGUGAGAGAGAAAGAGAGAGAGAGAGAGAAUAAGAAAGAGAGAGAUUGUGCCAAUGGAAUAUUUCACAAAUGUAAAAGUGAGUAUGAUGCAUUGGCCUAUUUUAGGUGGUAAUGUGUGUGCAAAUGAACGCUCAUUUUUGAGCCACUUAGGAAUCCCCCCAUUUUCAGUGCAUUGCAUUUGCAAUCAGAAAUGUGAGCCAGGCCACUCACUUGCAUUUAAUACUGCCAUAAAUUCAGCUCAGAAAAUGGAACAUUCAUGGAUGAUUCAAUAUAUGGCUGAGAUGUAAGAAAACUGCAGGCUGUGAUGAGUACCCUUAUUCACAUUCAAGCUGUGUAUGACAGUAUUUAAAGGCUAACAUUAUCAUUGAGGCUCACAAAGCUCUAGAGCAACUAUUUAUAAUUUCUGGCAAGACAUUAGCGUAUAUAUUUAUUUUCAAACUGUUAAAAUGUGUUGUAUAUUCAGAAUAGUAGACCUUGUGUCAAGCCGCAAAGGCAUCGCUGAGGCAUCAUGCUACAAAAUAUUUUCAUCAGUGUUCUCAUUAAAGAUUUAUUUGCAGAUGCAAAAGCCUAAUCACAAGUGUAGAUUUAUUCUUAUUUGUAUGCUGCUUUUUAUGGAACUGCCUUAUAUAAAUUAUGACUGCAAAUGAGAUAGAAAUUCCCAUGACUGGAUAUUUAAUGGUUUUGAGAUUGCUCACUUCUCUUUAAACUUUCAUUUUCUGUAAGGGCAGAAAACAGUAUUCACAAUGCGAUUAAUGAUCAUAUUCAUCAUAAACAAUUUUAUUUCUUGAAACAUUUAUGAAAGUUUAUAAAACAUUAAUCUGACAAAGUGGAAAAUUAAUGAGAAACAAUGAUUAAAACAGCGGACGAGAAACACAGCGCCGCGUCGAGCCAUGAAUCUAAAAAACACUUUUUUUUUUUUUAUUAGGCGGCUGUCCGCUUUGACUCUGGACACUGCUUAAAUCCCUGUUGCGCCACAGAGCGCCACUCACAUAGUUUAACAUUAAAUAACAGCGAUUUUAGCGAUUAACAUUGGCUGCUAACGUAUAUUUAGCAUUUUGAAGUAGAUGCUAUCUGACUAAGCUCGCGCUAUUUAAUGUGCACUUCCCGUGUACGGUACCUCCGAGUUGUCCUAGACGCAAUGCGGCGUUGCGCUUCUCGUCUGGUGGGCAACCACCUUUAGACUCACUUAGGGACAUUGUCACACUUUUAUAUACUUUUAC